CGCUCCCCCGCCCGCUUCCGCUGACGUCGGCGCCGGCCCCGGAAGUGGAUGAUUGGAGGUCGCCGGCCGCGCUCGUGGCCUGUGAGGACGCCCCGCCGCUGGGAGGUCUCCGGCUGGUGGCGCGCCGGGCCGGCAGCAUGUCCGACAACGAGGACAACUUUGAUGGUGAUGACUUUGACGAUGUGGAGGAAGAUGAAGGACUGGAUGAUUUGGAAAACGCAGAGGAGGAGGGUCAAGAGAAUGUAGAAAUCCUUCCAUCUGGAGAGAGACAGCAGGCAAAUCAGAAGCGGAUCACGACUCCGUACAUGACCAAAUAUGAGCGAGCCAGAGUCCUGGGCACUCGUGCACUCCAGAUAGCGAUGUGUGCUCCAGUCAUGGUAGAGUUGGAAGGAGAGACAGAUCCUCUGCUGAUUGCAAUGAAAGAACUCAAAGCUCGGAAGAUUCCCAUAAUCAUCCGCAGGUACCUGCCAGAUGGAAGCUAUGAAGACUGGGGUGUGGAUGAGCUAAUUAUCACAGACUGACCUGCUUCCCGUCAAUAUCCCUGGUUCCUCCUUCAUCUGCAUAUGCUUUUAUUUUUGUUUAUAUUUGUGUAAAUAAAUAAUAAAACCCCA